AGUCUCUUGUCCUCCUGUGACCAAAAAUAAAAGUCGUUGCUCUUCCAGUCUUCCUUGUGUCACAAUGUUGAGCUUACAAGAAAAUUUAGAGAGAGAAAGAGAGAGACUGACCAUUUGGGGUGACCCCAGUCAAGGCGUGCUCCAGCACCUUCGUCUGACUUCAAAGACUUAUGCUUAACAACAACAAUAGGGAAAAUGUUCCUGCUUGUGAUGAAAUGGGAAAGACACACGGAUGGUAACAAGAGUUGGGGUUUUUUCUCAUGGGAUUACUACCUAUUUUUCUCAUGCUCUUAAGCUUCUGUGGAGGUUUGAUCACUGCCUUAGACUCUAUUACAUCAUCUGUAUUCGUCAAAGAUUCAGAAACUGUAAGCUCAAACAACAGCGCGUUCAAACUCGGAUUCUUCAGCCCCCAAAAUACCACAGAUCGUUAUGUCGGAAUCUGGCAUGUCUUCAAUUCCAAAGUCACAUGGGUGGCUAACAAAAACCAACCGUUGCAGGAUUCUUCUGGGGUCAUUACUAUAUCUGAGGACAAAAAUCUUGUACUAUUGAAUGGGACGAAAAGGAUUUUCUGGUCAUCAAAUGUGUCAAACAAAGCAUCGAGUUCCACUGCCCAACUUCUCAAUUCUGGUAACCUUGUGCUGAUAGACCAGACAGGCAAGACAUUAUGGGAGAGUUUCCAACAUCCAGGUGACGCAGAAUAUUCAAAUUUGGCAAUUAGUGCCCACCAGAAAAUUGGUUCAUCUAGAAAAAACCCUUCUGAAAGAAAAUUGGCUUACACCAGGAGAACAAACAAAGUAGGAGAGCAAAAGGUUCAAGAAAACUGUGAUACUUAUAAUUACUGUGGGACAUAUGGGAUCUGUGACUCCAGCAAAUCACCAACCUGCAACUGUUUGAAAGGGUUUGAGCCGAGGAAUAUCGAUGAAUGGAAUAAUCAAAAUUGGACGAGUGGGUGUGUGAGAAGGGCGUCACUACAGUGUGCAAGUGAUGGAGGCAAAGAUGAUUGGUUUCUCGAGCUGCAGAUGACAAAUAAUCCAAAAAAUUCAACGCCAUCAUUUGUUUCUGAAGACACAUGCAGAAAUCAGUGCCUAAAAAAUUGCAAUUGUACAGCAUAUGCAUAUGUUUCUUCUUUUUCCUGCAUGUACUGGACAGGAAACCUAACAGGCAUAGUAAGAUUGUCCAGUGGAGGAAUUAAUCUUUACGUCCGUCAAGCCUAUUCAGAACACGGUAGGAAGAAAAAGGACUUCAAAGUAGUUAUCACAGUAACAGUGACAGUAGGAGUGAUUAUCAUUGCCAUCAGUGCUUAUAUCUUAAAGAUGUGUACUGCUAAAUAUUCUGCAAGAAAAAAGGAAAGAAAUGCAAAGUUAUUGCUGAAAAAGGAAGAAAACCCGCUAGGAGACCUGAAAAUUGCAAAACUUGAGAAGCUACCACUGUUUGAUUUUAGAAUCCUCGCAACUGCAACCAACAACUUCAGAAUUGCUAAUAAGCUUGGAAGGGGUGGUUUUGGUCUGGUAUACAAGGGAGAAUUGCAAGAUGGACAGGAAAUAGCAGUGAAAAGACUCUCAAGAACUUCUAAACAAGGGCUGGAAGAGUUCAUGAAUGAAGUGGUUGUGAUUUCAAAGCUACAACAUCGUAAUCUUGUAAGACUUUUAGGAUGCUGUAUUGAAGGAGAGGAAAAAAUGUUGGUAUAUGAGUACAUGCCUAACAAGAGUUUGGAUGCUUUUAUAUAUGAUCCUGUUAAAAAGAAGGCUUUAGAUUGGAAAAACCGCUUGAACAUUAUCAAAGGAAUUGCUCGUGGAUUACUUUAUCUCCAUAGAGAUUCUAGACUAAAAAUUAUACAUAGAGACCUAAAGCCAAGUAAUAUCUUACUAGAUGCACAACUCAAUCCUAAAAUAUCAGACUUCGGUUUGGCAAGAAUCUUUGAAUGCAGUGAAGAUGAAGGCAAUACUCGAAGGGUUGUUGGAACAUAUGGUUAUAUGUCACCCGAAUAUGCAAUGGAAGGACUAUUUUCAGAAAAAUCAGAUGUCUUUAGCUUUGGAGUUUUGCUAUUUGAGAUCAUCAGUGGUAGGAAAAAUACAAGCAUUUGCGAUCAUGAACAUUCAUUGAACCUCUUGGAACUUGCAUGGAAAUUGUGGAAUGAAGAAAAUAUCGAAUCUCUCAUAGAUUCAGAAAUAUCUGAUCCAGACUAUGUCAAUGACAUUGUGAGAUGCAUACACAUAGGGUUUUUAUGUGUUCAAGAACAUGCAAGAGAUAGGCCAUCUAUGGGCACUGUAAAUUCAAUGCUUAACAAUCACAUUGUUAAUCUUCCGCCAUCAUGUCAGCCUGCUUACAUACAGAGGAGGGUUGUGACAAAUGCAGAGUCAUCUCAACAGAGCAAUAGAUCAUGCUCUGUCAAUAGCGUCACUCUCACAAACAUGCAAGGGAGAUAACAGGGAAGACGACGGUAACAUGGCCAAAAUAACUAUCCUUUACAUACUUACAAGUAUUUCAGCUAUAUAUACAAAAUCAUGCCCUUGUCAUGUUGAAUCUAAGGUGCUACAUUCAUUUGUAAGAAAAGGAACACAAGUGUGAAGCAGUGAAUCUAGUUAGAAACUGUUGGGUGAAUUUCAAAAUCAUUUUGUUUGUUUUGUUGUUCAA